GACCGACACACUUGGAUGCGUAGUUGCGUUGGCUUCCCUAAAAGAAAAAACUUGGAUCGGCAGCACGCAACUUCCUCACCCUCCCUCCCGGCGGCGGCGACGGAGCCUAAGAACCGGCGACGGCAACGGCGACGGCGACGGAGACUCCUCGCGUCUGAACGGAAUACUUGGAUUUCUUGAGGCGAGCUGUUCUUGUCUUCUCUCGCGCUCUGGCGUCGCGGCGUGGGUGAACGCGCGAGGAGAGGCGCCGAGAUGUUUGCGACGGCGGCGCGGUGGGCGGCGAAGAAGGGGAAGCCCAAGAUGGCGCCGAUCGAGCUCACGACGGCGCCGGAGCAGGCGCAGUCCAUCACCCGCACCAUUUUCGACGUCGUCAAGGAGCACGGCCCCCUCACCAUCUCUGACGUUUGGGAGCACGUCAAGGACGUAGGGCUGAGGGGUUUGACAAGCAAGAGGCAGAUGAAGAUCAUGCUGCGGUGGAUGAGGGAGAAGCAGAAGCUCAGGCUCAUCUGCGACCAUGACGGGCCUCACAAGCAGUUCCUCUACACGACAUGGUUCACCAACCCCAAGAAUGCGCCGCAGAGGCCCAAGAGGGAGCUCAACAGGGAGCAGCCCAAGCCAUGAACGCACUCAUCUUGACCGAUGUAGGGCAUAUUUGGCUUACACCUUGGUAAUGAUGUUUCCUGGAUCUGUAGACAAAGCUGUUAAUCAUAUAUCGUGCUUAUAGCUGAAAUACUGUGAAUGAUGCCACAUUGUGAAUUAUGCAUAAAUAAAUAACCCAAAACAGUUUGUUCUUUUCCGUUGUACUUCUGUUUUUGCCUUCUUUGCUGCUUCUUUCUGAAACUUGUGUUGGAGUUCUGAAGAACUUUGGCCUAGGCCUUCUCCAAUUCAAAUGGAUGUGGUUUUAACUGCUACUCCCUCCGUAACUUAGUAUAAGACAUUUUUUUUGGCAUUAUAUUUGUGUCAAAGAACAUCUUAUAUUAAGUUACAGAGGGAGUAUUAACUUGGGCAAAAACCUUACGUCAAAUGAUGGGGCUAUAUCUGAUUAUCACAUCUCUUAACCAUUUGCAGGUCAUGUAUUCAGUAGAAUAGCAUACAAAGCGUCUAAUUUCUGAUGACAAUCAUAGUAGUUAGUAACUUCAAAAUAAUUUUCAGUAAUUGACACAUGUUAGUUUCCAGAGCUACUGUGCCCUUAUAUUACAUUUCAAUUGCAGUACAUAAAAAUUUAGUGGCAUAAACAACCUGUAAUAACAAGGACCCAGAACUAAUUUCCUACUAUAAUUUUCGUAUACUCGAACAUACUCCUUCUACAUAUAUGCACUCACAUGACCUUCCAAAUGCCUUGAUUAUUUGCAGAACUUUCUUUUUGUCAAUGCUGGUGUGCUUUCUGUUUUUUUUUUCCAGUUGAUAGCUAUAGUUAAGAACUAUAGACCCAGGAAAGCCACUGUCUUUGACAAGCGUAUUGAAGCCUGGAGUUAUUCCUAGAGAUGCAGCAGCUCAAUUGGUUUGAGGUCAGAAUCAUAGCGGUUGAUGCAGCCAAGGGAAAGAAGGGGAACAGGUGGCGCGGCUGAUGGUAGACCUCCAGUGCUCAGCAAAGAAAUGAAUAGUACAAUUGUGUCUGGAGCCAAUACCCUGAAGGAGGAUUCUAAUCCAGAUUCUGAGUAGCCUGGCUGGUGGUGGGACCUGGUUGACAAGUGUCCGUACUCAGCGAGCUUUGGAGGAAACAUGCAAGGGCACUGUUUUGUGAAGACCUGAGUUGUUUCGUCAAGUUGGACAACUGGGAUUGCAUCAAGGGCAAGGAAAAAAGCUCUCAGUGCUAUGAACUAACUGGUCAGGACAGUCUCGUUCCAUCAUCAUGUCUCUUUUUCUUACAAGGUAUGUUAUUAUUAGUGCACGAACAUACUGGUUAUUUUCGAUAGGUAAUGAUGUACUAGUGACUUGGAGUAUUGAAGUUGCUUGGCUGCCUGAGUACAAUGAAUUUUAGCCUAGGUCACCAUUGUUGUUUCUCAUGUUCUUGUUAAGAUGCAGUAGCUUAUGUAUCUUGCAGCAAAUCCUGUAACACGUCUCUCAUAUUAUUCCACAAUAGCAUAAGAGGAUCCUUACCUGAA